UGUAUUCUUGGAGAAUUGUAUACGAAGAAACCGUUGUUCCAAGGAAACAGUGAAAUGGUGCAACUUGACGUAAUAUCGAAAUUGUGCGGCACGCCAUCUCCAGAAAAUUGGCCCGAUGUCAUUAAAUUACCCCUCUACGUCAGUUUUCGACCAAAGCGAACAUUUCCGCGCGUCCUGCGUGACACAUUCGGAUUUAUACGGGAUAAGCCAUUGGAUUUACUGGAUCGAAUGUUGGAGCUCGACCCGAAAAAGAGGAUUACCUCCAAAGCAGCGCUGGCGCAUCCUUGGCUAAAAGACGUUGAUCCGUCGAGUGUGCCACCACCAAAACUUCCGGAUUGGCAAGAUUGCCAUGAGCUGUGGUCAAAAAAACAGCGCAAAAAUCGCUCAGCGAACAACAGCAUAUUAAUGUCACAGUCACAAAUGUCGUUUGAUCAGCAGCAACAGCAACAGCAGCAGUCCUCAAUGUUCCUCAAUUUGGCUUCGCAACAGGUGAUUAUGUUUUUUGAUUGA